AUGGCCUUUGCCCUCCUGACCUCCGUGCCUCCCGUCUUCGGCCUCUACACGUCUUUCUUUCCGGUCCUCAUAUACUCCUUGUUGGGCACUGGGAGACACCUGUCCACUGGAACGUUCGCUGUGCUCAGCCUCAUGACCGGCUCCACGGUGGAGCGGCUGGUGCCCGAACCCCUGGGGGGCAAUCUGAGCCGAAUCGAGAGGGAACAGUUAGAUGCUCAACGGGUUGGGGUUGCUGCAGCCAUGGCCUUCGGGAGCGGGGCGCUGAUGCUGGGGAUGUUCGCGCUGCGGCUCGGCGUCCUGUCCACCUUUUUGUCUGAGCCUGUGGUCAAAGCGCUGACCAGCGGGGCCGCGCUGCACGUGCUGGUGUCCCAGCUGCCCAGCCUUUUGGGGCUGCCACUGCCGCGGCAGAUCGGCUGCUUCGCUCUCUUCAAGACGCUGGCCGCCUUGCUGACCGCGCUGCCCCAGAGCAGCCCCGCGGAACUGACCAUCUCCGCGCUCAGCCUGGCGCUGCUGGUGCCGGUCAAGGAGCUGAACGUGAGGUUUCGUGACCGACUGCCCACCCCCAUCCCGGGGGAGAUCGCCCAGGUGCUCCUGGCCUCUGCGCUCUGCUUCGCCUCUUCCCUGGACACGAGAUACGACGUGCAGAUAGUGGGGCUGCUGCCCGGAGGAUUCCCCCAGCCCCUGCUCCCCAGCCUGGCUGAGGUGCCCAGGGUUCUGGCCGACUCGCUGGCCGUGGCGCUGGUCACUUUCGCUGUGUCCACCUCCCUGGCCUCCAUCUAUGCCGACAAGUACAGCUACACUAUCGACUCCAACCAGGAGCUCAUGGCGCACGGAGUCUCCAACCUCAUCUCGUCCCUCUUCUCUUGCUUUCCCAACUCGGCCACACUGGCCACAACCAGCUUACUGGUGGACGCUGGGGGCAACACGCAGCUGGCAGGCCUCUUCUCCUGCGCGGUGGUGCUGUCGGUGAUGCUGUGGCUCGGGCCCUACCUCUACUACCUGCCCAAGGCGGUCCUGGCCUGCAUCAACGUGUCCAGCAUGCGCCAGCUGUUCUUCCAGAUGCAGGAGCUUCCGCAGCUGUGGCGCGUCAGCCGCGUGGACUUUGCUGUGUGGAUGGUCACCUGGGUGGCUAUCGUGACCCUGAGUGUGGACCUGGGCCUGGCUGUGGGCGUGGUCUUCUCUAUGAUGACUGUGGUCUGCCGAACCCGGAGGACGAAGUGCCUGGCGCUGGGACUGGCCGAGGGGACGGAGCUCUACAGGCCACUCGGAGAGAGCCGCAAGCUCCUCCAGGUCCCCGGGCUCUGCGUCCUGAGCCACCCGGCACCUCUCUACUUUGGGACCAGAGGGCAGUUUCGCCGCACCCUGGAGCAGCACCUGGGGCUUGGAGAAGGACCCCACCAGGUGAGGGCCUUGGCCAGAGGGCACCUCACCUGGCAGCCAGGGGCAAGGGGCAGGGCUGCCCCGGGGCUGAGCCCUGUGCUCAGGGGGUCUCAUUCACCCUUGAGCCCCCAGGGUGGCCUGCAGGAGGCUCUGGAGACAGCUGGCCCCACCGAGGCAGCUGCCCAGCCGGUCAGAGCCGUGGUGCUGGACUGCAGCGGAGUCACCUUCGUGGACGCCACGGGGGCCAGAGAGGUGGUACAGCUGGCCGGCCGCUGCCGCGACACCGGGAUCCUCCUGCUCCUGGCGCAGUGCAACGCCUCAGUGCUGGCGACCCUGACCCGCGCGGGGCUCCUGAGCAGCGUGACCCCAGAGCAGCUGUUUGUGAGCGUGCAGGAUGCAGCCGCGCAUGCCCUGGAGAGGCUGGAGCUGACUGGUCCAAAGACUUGCACAGUGUGGGUCUGACCUGAUCAUGUGGAGUGUGAAGGGCCCUAACUGUAUGGGGGUGAGGAAGGCUGUGCCCCCCAGGCCACUUAGUUGAUGAAACUAAUAAAAUGAAGCUGAGAGCCUCUGGG